AUGGCAGUUAAGAAGCGUUCCACCGUUCGAGGUAAGAUAGCAAAGGCCAACAGAAGAGCUGACAUCAAAGAUAAGAUAAAUUUACUUAAAGCAGAGCAUAAUGCCAAUAUUUUGGAGGAGACAUCAAAUUUCAAUCCCUUAUUGAAGCUUGCACAAAUAUCCAAGAAAGAUAAGCAAAUAGCUAAGACGCGAACAUUCAACGAGAAGUUGCUUGGUAAAGUUACGUUCAAUACAUCCAAUAAAUUAAGUAAAUCUGUGAUUCGGAGAAAGAAGCGGAAAGAAAGAGAACAGUUAAAGCCACAAAUGGAUGAACUUUUAACCAGUUUACCUAUGGAUGAAUUUGUUGAUAUUGAACCCCAGAAUGCAGAGCCUGAAUACAUUGAAGCAGAAAGGAAGAAUACCAAUGCUCCAAAUGCCAACAAACAAUCGGGCAGAAGGUUUAUUUUGAAGCAAGAACAUGAAAAUUUCAAUCAAGUUUUAAGUAGCACUCAGUUUAGAAGUAGUCCAUUUGCGGCAUUGAAAGAUGCCAUUAAGCACAAUAUGAAUAAAUAG